UAAGACAAGACGAAAUCGAAGGGUUCGAAGAAAAGACGAAAUCGAAGGCUUCUGGUUCUUCAAGCUUUCUCAUGCUUCUUGAUGGAUCCAUUAAGCAACAUUGGAGCAGACAAAGAGAGAGAGAGCUCAAAGCUUCCUUUAAUCAACAGCACUGACUCAAAGCUUGAUCCGGUUGAUGAAUCUCCUCUUGCAGAACCAUCAUUAUCAUUUGCUGAGUGGGUUUCAAGCUCUUCAGAGAGUGAAUUAGAAGACUAUUACCUUCCAGACCGACUUGUCAUGUGGAAUUUGGACCAUGCCACUGUUAAACUUGAUAUUGAGGUCUUCUUUAACAACAAGACUGCCAAUGUCAUCAUUGCUGAUGAACCGAUCAGGACGGCUGAAAUUUGGUUUAACUCUCUUCAAGAUACAAAAGAGGGGCUUAAGAAACAUGGGGAGUUACUAGGCAGCCUUCCUGUUCGUAUUAAGCGUGUCCCUACCACCCGCCGGAGAGUGUUUUCAGUGAGUGGUUUUGAACCUGGUUUACCAGAGGAGCUUAUCAAGGAACAGCUCAAGACUUUUUUCAAAUCAUGUGGAGUUAUCAGGAAGAUCUUUAUCCCUAAAGACAAGAACACUGGUGGCUGUUUAAGUUUCGGAUACGUUUUCAUGAAUCAGAGAGGUGGUAAAGCUGAGAAGAAGGAUAACAAUGAGAUGGAAGGUCGUACAAUCAGGGUUUCAGAUUGCACAAACCAUGUGAGAUACAGGGUAAUCAAGGCGGCCAUGAAGGCGGAGGGGUAUGAGGAGACUGAGAAGUCUGAGGAUGAUUCUGAUUCUGAUGAUGGGGAGGACGACUAUGUCUGAGUCUGAGUUGUUCUACAUGAGCUCUAUCACCCAUUUUGGUUUAAAACUGUUGGUUUUGUUAUUAAGUAGGGUAUGGUCAUUUGUUAGACCAAGAGCAAUAGUAUAUGUUAGGUGUUUUAGCCAUUGAGAGUGAUCAGUCAAACAUUAACCCUAAUCUAAUCUCUU